CUUUUGUAGAGUGGAAAAAAACAUUUCCUUUCUUCUUCGCCUUUGAAGGGAAUUGAAAGAAAUCGAGGCAGCCAGUCCAUGGGUGAUUCUACCCCAAAUCUGAGUGCCCUGCCCGUCCAUGGAGCGAUGCUGUACCAAAUUGCUAGUGGAAAAAGAAACUGAUGCUGCCGCCCCAAAUUUGAGUGCCCUCCCAUACAUGGGGAGAUGUUGUACCAAAUUUUUUUGCCGAGUGCAGGACAUGCGCUGCGGAUCAGGUCUUGCCCACCAGCGAGGCCGUCCAUUGGCGCUCGGACAUAUAGCUUUGUGAUUUGGUUGAGGGGCCAUCUUCUGUGUGUUGUUCCCGUCGUCUUAGGCUGCAGACGUACUGACAGUACGAAUGGCCAUUUUGAGUCACUUGGUGACAUGAUGAUUCGAGGUAUGUAUACCUUGUCGCCGACGUGUGUUCCUGUGAUUAUUUGUGUCUCGAUGUAUUUGUUUCCAAGUUGUGUAAUUGUCAUUCUUGUACCAUUGCAUAAACCUGCUGCUUGGUUGAUGUUGCGUAGUAGCAUUACCGGCAAACCCAUCUUUAGUGUUAACUUAUGGUCUGGGAUUCCUGGGGAUGUCAAGGUGUUAAGGAACUCAGUAGGCUGCAUGUUCAUCAUGAUGUUGGUGUUUGUCGUGGCCUUGCACACUGUGUCCAGGCUUAGAUAUGCAAGUGCAUUUGUAGAUGUAAAAGACUACUAAUGGAUGUGUCACAUACAGUACAACUGGAGAUCAAUGUUGUUUAUCUGACAAGGCACCAUAAAUCAAUAAUUGUUCAACCGUGUUUCUCUUUUCGUAGAUUUCACAUAACUAUCAUGGUAGUAUCAGGAUGCAUUAAAAAAUGCUUUAUAGUUUAGUAUCAGAAGAGUUUUGAGAUAGAAGAUUAUAAGCAAAGUUUUUAUUUCGAAACGGAGGCAAAAGCUUUGCCUCAUCUCAUUAUAAGCAAAGUUGAGCUGAGAUCAAAAUGCAGGCACACACAUGAAGAAUUGCAUGUGGAUAUUACCCGACGCUGAUGGUGCUGAUGUCGUGUCUUCAACUUGUUGGACGUUUCUUUGUGCUUUCGAUUGUUUGGGCGUCGCAGGCGUAUAUUGGAUGCAAGUUGCUGGAGUUGUUGCCAUGCCUUCAAUUUGCCGGCCGUCUCUUUGUAUUUUAUCGCCCUGACAUCUUGAAAAAGGAGCUAUUAAGAAGUGCAUCAUGGGUCAAUUAUGAACGUCUGUCUUGUAAAAUUAUGCUUGAAAUUAUGUGAUAUAAGGAGAAAGGAUGAGUGUGUGACCAUA